AUGAACAGUCGCAACAUGAACAGACUUGCAAAUUUUUUUUAUAAAAAUCAGAGGAGGUUUUUAGGAAACACAGUCAGGGGACCCUUACCAACAAAUGUGAGGAAGAACCUCGAAUACGCCAUGGACUACUUUCACAAAAAAGCGUACACGUAUCAUGACUUCAAACAGCAGUGUGAAUCUCUACGAUUUUUUGUUUACUUUGGUUUAGUUGGUUUGCUAUCACUUGAUCUUUUAGUAAAUCCAUUAAAAUCGUCCUACUGGGAUCAGUUUUUACCAAUGAACAUGUUCAGAAAAUUAUGUCGCUUUUUUUCAAACAAAGAAGAUAAUAUUUUUAGACACAACGGAAGUUCUUCGUACGAGGAGUAUAUAAAGCUGAUCAGUUAA